ACGGUUCUUCCGCUUCAGAAGGUCAGGUGAUCAUUUACUACAGUCGCUACAGCUACAGUGGUGGCCAGUUAAUUCACGCAACGGAAUUAUUCGAUCCUGACGGACACCGUUUUAUAACCAAGUCCAAUAUAAUCGAGUUAGUUCGUGUUUGUAUUUCUUUAAACAGCAAGAAGGAACAGCCCUAAUAAAGAGGACCCACACUCUGAGAGAUGGCUGAUACAAACCAACAAGCCCCGCCCCCCCAGCUUGGGCCUGUGCCAUUUUUACUGACCAACAAGCUGGAAACUGCCAUGUGGCUGUCUCGUCUCUUUACUGUUUACUGUUCCAUCAUGUUUAUUCUACCAAUCCUGGGACCUCAUGCAGCAGCUAACUUUUAUCAGAGAGCCUUGUUAGCCAAUGCACUCACCAGUGCGCUUCGCCUACACCAGAGGCUUCCACGCUUUCAGCUGAGCAGAGCUUUCCUGGCCCAGGCUCUGCAAGAAGACAGCUGCCAUUACCUGCUUUACUCUCUCAUCCUGGUCAAUUCUUAUCCCAUCACGAUGAGCAUAUUUCCAGUGUUCCUGUUUUCUUUGCUUCAUGCUACAACUUACACAAAGAAGGUUCUUGAUUCUAUGGGCCCAAACAGCCUGAUGUUUGUACGAAACCUCCUGGACCGACUAGCAGCCAAUCAGCAGAACAUCCUGAAGUUCAUCGCCUGUAACGAGAUUUUCUUAAUGCCAGCUACUGUUUUCAUGCUCUUCAGUGGCCAGGGAAGCUUGUUGCUGCCUUUUAUUUACUACCGAUUCCUCACACUCCGCUACACAUCCAGAAGAAACCCAUACUGCCGCACCUUGUUCUACGAGCUACGGAUUCUUCUGGAACACUUCAUCAUGAAGCCCGCCUGCCCUGCUUUCCUGAGGAGAAUGUGCCUCAGCAGCAUCGCCUUCAUCAGCCGCCUCGCCCCCACAGGGGUCUGAUUCCUCCAUGUAGACAGUUACUGGUUUCUUUACAUUUUUAUUUUUAAGCCAAUAAAGAUGAGACUUAACUAUGAUGGGGACAGACAUUGCCACCGAUGGAAGGAACCUUUUUAUGGAUGUCAGCAUUGAGUCAUGUUUUCUGGGUAUUUUGAAUACAACUGAAGAGAAUCUGGUAAAGCACUGAAGUCUGAGAGUAAUAUUGUUUUGUUUUCUUAUUGUGACCCCCCUCAAACAGUGGUCACCUUUUAAUUUGUUAUUUUCACUAAACAAAGUCCUGCAGACAUCAUCUAUGUUCUGUUGGCCAUUUGUCAUUUCCUAAAUGCCUUUAUUUAUUCAUUAACAUGUUUAUUCUGUGAUAGAACAAUAACAUGAGAUUAUUAACUUAAUGAAAACUAAAUUAUGUACACAAAAAUUGUUGUUUUAUCAUUUUUGUUUGCAGCAUCUUAUGAUUUGUCAGAAUGCCUCACUUUCAAUGUUUUAGUUUUAUGCUAAUAGCUAGCUCUUUAAACAGCACACACACAGAGCUAUGAUGUCAAAACGGAUGUUAAGCUGAGAAAAUAUCUGCUGUAUUUGAUAGAAUAUUUAAAGGUACAAGACGUUUUGCUCUUUGAAACGAUUUACCUAAAGUCGGGGUCCUCAACUCUCUUCCCAUGAGGGUCUGUAUCCAGCAUGCUUUAAUGUUUCUCUGCUUCAACACACCUGAUUUCAAUCAGCAGGUGAAUAACAGGCUUCUGCAGAGCUUGAUGAGCUGCUGAGCAGGUGAUUCAAGUACAUUGGAUUAGGGAAACAACUAAAACAUUCUGUAUACCGGCCCUUGGGGAAGGGAGUCUGGGAUCACUGACCUAAAGCAUGCCAUUCCCUUUGAAUGUAUUAAAUAUAGUUUCUCUGUUUUAAAGCAAAUUAUAUUUAACUUUUUUCAUGUGUUUAGUGUUCAACACAUUUUCCUCCCACCCUUUCUGCUUAAGACCACAUUUUUAUGACAAAGAUCAAGUUCUCUCUUAAUAAAGUAGUAAAAUUGA